ACGAUCACACAUCAGCAUGGGACUCUGUCUCGAACCCCAACAAUGGAGUGGCUCGUACCAUCGGCGCUGAUUGUUGCGGGGACAUUCUCCUCCAAACAAACCUAACACAACUCUCCUUACUUUUGCCGAGACAACCUUUGUCGCAUGGGAUUAAACCCGAAAACGGGUUCAUGUUAAGAAAUUGCCAGCUAGUUGGACCGGAACACAUUUGAUGCCAGUUUAGGCAAUAUCUUGCCAAAGAAACCCUUUGCAGAAAAAAAAAGUGGCUGGAUUGUUCUGCGCCGCCGCCUCUUCCAGCAGGAGCGCAUUUGAUAUCAGAGACGGUGCAGCCAUGGAUCUGACCCGGAGAUUUAAAUACUUGGAUUCUGUGGCACGCUGUGCAGCUCCGUGAGGAUGGAAAGAAAAUAAGUGGGAUUUUAACCAACCUAUCAGGUAGUGUCGUUGCAGCAAAACGAUGCCGCUGGUUAAGCGUACCAUUGAGCCCAGGCACCUGUGCCACACGGUAUUGCCAAGGAACAUCAAGAAUGAACUGGAGUGUGUAACCAAUAUCUCCUUGGCCAACGUCAUCCGCCAGCUCAGCAGCCUCAGUAAAUAUGCAGAGGACCUUUUUGGAGAGCUUUUCAAUGAAGCCCACUCCUUCUCUUUCCGGGUCAACUCCUUGCAGGAGAGGGUGGACCGGCUCUCCAUCAGCGUCACACAACUGGACCCCAAAGAAGAAGAAUUGUCUCUUCAAGACAUCACUAUGAGGAAGGCCUUCAGGAGUUCCACCAUUCAGGACCAGCAGCUGUUUGACCGCACGUCUCUGCCCGUCCCUCUGCAGGAGAGCCUCCACACCUGUGAGGAGCCACCACCUCUCAACAUCCUCACACCUUACAGGGAUGAUGGUAAAGAGGGUCUGAAAUUCUACACGGAUCCAUCAUACUUCUUCGACCUAUGGCGGGAAAAGAUGCUGCAGGACACUGAGGACAAGAGAAAAGAGAGGAGGAAGCAGAAGCUGGAAAUGCCUUAUCUUGUGUGCCCCAAGAGUCUUAUAAGAGUCCUCUCUGAAACCCCUCCUCCUUUCCUUACUCCCCCAGAGUUGCAGGACCCCCGCAUGUAUGAUCAGGUCUAUAGGUACUUAGACCUUCCAGGGCAGCUGAAGGCAAUCGACCGUCCACCUGAGCCAGAGAAGGUGCCACGGCAGCCUCACGAUCGGAAGAAGGAGUGGCAGAAGCUGGCGCUGGGGGCGGAGCUCGCCCAGGACGCACCUGAGGACAAGCACAGGGAGGCCAACGGAUCCACUGGUUACCACGAUAGCAGAACUGCCCUGUACAUGGAACAUCUGGACGGGCACUUCUCACUCGCAGCGCUGCCCUAUACCCAGAUGAACGAGCUGCUGAACCGCACCGGGGACAGAAUGUAUUCCCGACCCCACGACCCUCCUCCCCCACCUCCUCCUGGGCACCCACUGGGUGAAAUCAAGCCCCCUUCUGUGAUCAGCUCAAGUUCAGGUUUCUCCGACAGCAGACCUCAGUCCCCAGCGAGGACGGCGGGCCUCAACUCUAGCACUCCUCCUCCACCGCCACCCCCUCUCCCACCACCUCCUCCUCCUUUGCCCUCCAUGGGCCUGCGAGGUGCUGCUCCUCCUCCCAUUCCUCCUCUGCCAAUCCAGCAUCAGCCUCCAGCCAUCCCUCCUCCCCCUGCUCCACUCCAGAUCGCGCCUGGGGUGCUCCACCCGGCACCACCGCCCGUCGCGCCACCACUCCACUCCUUAUCUCCAGCCCGCCUCCAGCACGGUCAGGACAAGGGCCUGAGUGGAAGCUCUGGGACCCUGUCAGAUGGCACCAUCCUGCCCCCUCCCCCACCACCACCUCCACUGCCACUCCCUGGAGUUCGAAGCUCGUCACCUUGUCAGUCGGGCCCUCCACCUGUGCCGGCCUUUCCCUCAGCAGGAGCCAUGGCUUCCCCGCCUCCUCAUGCCAUGCACGAUGUGGGCACCAAGAGGCACCAUCCAUCCAAUCUGCCACCAAUCAGCGAUGCACGGAGCGUGCUCUUGGAAGCUAUCAGGAAAGGAAUCCAGCUGCGAAAAGUGGAAGAGCAGCGAGAACAGGAGGCUAAGCACGAACGAGUUGGGAACGACGUGGCCACCAUCCUCUCUCGGCGCAUCGCCGUGGAAUACUCUGACUCGGAGGACGAGUCCGAAUUUGAUGAAGGGGACUGGAUGGAAUGACAGAGAGCAUUGGGGGAGGGGGGAAAGAGAUUCGCUGGUGGUUGAUGGUAAAACAUGUUCAGGUGCCCCACGCUCCAUCAGCGCUCCUUGGCUCGCCAUCAAAGAAGAGGAGGCUUUUGGUCACCCCCAUUUCCACAAUAGAGCUUCCUUUUUGUUUUAUCUCUUCAUAUCUCUGUCUCGUUGUAGUUUGUUUUUGGUGGAGAGGCUCCACUCCGCUCUCAUUGGACUGUCUAGUGUUUCAAGAGUUUUUUUUUCUUUCUUUUUUUUAUCCUUCAUUUAUUUUUGCAGUAAUAAUUCCUGGUUUAUAUCAUCUUUACUGGUAUACAUGAAAAUGGCAUUUUGAAUAAUGACUUUUUUGUUUUUUUUAUCUGUUCAGUAGUAAUGUUGGACAAAAAGAGAAGGAAAAGUGAAGGCAUGUUUCUUGUUUCUUAAGUUCUCCUAUAUAAUUUUGCCACCUGGUGGUGGAAUAUGGCAUUGAGUGAGUGCUGCUUUUGUUUUAUUGUCUUUUAUAGUCUUAAAACAUUUAUUGAUUUAGCAGGCCAGUAGUUUCCAGUACUGAGCACUACAUGAACAGUUUAAACACCCGUUGGGUUGUGUUUUUUCUUUUCUCUUAAAUCAGAACUGACGUUACCACAAAAACAGACAACCGUUUGUUUUAAAGUGAAGAUGACGAAGCAAAUGGCUGCUGUGACUACAUGUGUGCAUAUCCAUCCUUUAAUCCAGGGGAAAUGUUUGACAAGAGGUUGCGUUUUUCUGUCUGUCCAGGUUCUAUGGAGCCACUUCUGCCAUUCCUGACCUCUAUAAAAAAAAAAUGGAAAUGUCACAAAAGAAACACUAAGCCAUUGAUUUUUUUUAAAGUAGAAUACAAAUUUUUCAUGACUCUGGGAGUGAUUUUUUACUCUGAAAGUGAAUCAGAGUUCCUGCCUUUCUCAUUGUUCAGUGUGCACGAACCAGAGCAACACCAGGUACGGACCAUUAAGUCUUACAGAAGAAAGCUUUUCUGUCAGACCCUCUUCCCACUUUAGUAUGUACCUGCCCACCAAACCGCAGACCUUUUCUCGUUUGCUUCUGCAGCUGUUGUUCAGAGGAAAAUCUGCACACUGCUGACUUUGCAAGAUCUAAAACAGAAGAACGUGUUAUGCCUUGAUUUGACUCAUUGCAAAGUAAAUGUCUGUCAUCGCUCUGAGUUUGUUUGUUUUUUUUUUUCUUCUUUUUUGCAUUUUUUUCAACUUGCCUUAUUGUUCGUACAAAACGUAUUAUUGAGUUGAUGAAUGUAUUGUGCUGUUACUACUUACUUGCCUGCGCUUGUUUGGAUUUGCUGUUUCUAUGUUUUGGGGCACAACAGAACAGAAACCCUGGUUUAAAGUAAAAUUGAAAAAGAUGAGAACGUUACUGUAUAUCAUAACUUAUGUAACUGUUGACUGUAACAGUUUGCUUGAAUUAAUAAAAAUCUAAUGUUAUGUUUCUUCCCCAUA